AUGUGGGAAAGGAGGGGUGUAGAGGGGGGCGGGGGGAGUCAUUUAUGCAGAGCAGGCGCUGCUGCCAUUGCCGCUCACACUCCCAGCGCGCUGCUUGGAGCCGGAGGGAGCUCGGGGAGCGAGCUAGCGAGCGCUCGGAGCCCGCGCCAGCAGAGGGGGCGCCCAGCCGCUGCCUGCACCGCCGCCUCCGCCGCGCUCGGGGGCCCCGGGAGGAGCAAGGGCGAGUCGGAGAGUCCGGGAGCGGAGCCCGGCGAGACCCAGCUGCGGGAGGGCGCCCGCCCCGCUCAGCCGCCUCCUGCGCCGGAGCCGGGGAGCGCCGGCCGACCGCCCCGCGGGCCGUGGAGCUGGGAGCACAGGUCCCCGGAGCCCCAGGGAUGGUCUAGGAGUGGGUGCGAGGCUCGCUGCUCAGCUCCCUGCCGGGGCUCGCCGCCUCCUGCCGAUCUCCCAGGGCUGCGAGCCGCGGCGGCCGGGGGCUGCGCGCUCGGGCGGCCCAGGCCGAAGAAGUUAAGUUGUGCGCUCAGCUUAGUGAGCGGAGCAAGCGAGCGAUCGAAGCAGCAGCCAAGCGCCGGGGCCAUGGGCUGGGGGAGCCGCUGCUGCUGCCCGGGACGGCUGGACCUGCUCUGCGUACUGGCGCUCCUUGGGGGCUGCCUGCUCCCCGUGUGCCGGACGCGCGUCUACACCAACCACUGGGCAGUCAAAAUCGCCGGCGGCUUCCCGGAGGCCAACCGCAUAGCCAGCAAGUACGGAUUCAUCAACAUAGGACAGAUCGGGGCCUUGAAGGAUUACUACCACUUCCAUCACAGCAGGACGAUUAAAAGGUCAGUUCUCUCAAGCAGAGGAGCCCACAGUUUCAUUUCAAUGGAACCAAAGGUGGAGUGGAUCCAACAGCAAGUGGUAAAAAAACGGAGCAAGAGGGAUUAUGACUUCAGCCGCACCCAGUCCACCUACUUCAAUGACCCCAAGUGGCCAAGCAUGUGGUAUAUGCACUGCAGUGACAACACACAUCCCUGCCAGUCAGACAUGAACAUUGAAGGAGCCUGGAAGAGAGGCUACACGGGCAAGAACAUCGUGGUCACUAUCCUGGACGAUGGCAUUGAGAGGACCCAUCCGGAUCUGAUGCAAAACUAUGAUGCUCUGGCAAGCUAUGACGUGAAUGGGAAUGACCUAGACCCCAUGCCCCGCUACGACGCAAGCAACGAGAACAAGCACGGGACCCGCUGCGCUGGAGAGGUGGCCGCCGCAGCAAACAACUCUCACUGUACAGUGGGCAUUGCUUUCAACGCCAAGAUCGGAGGAGUUCGAAUGCUGGAUGGAGAUGUCACGGAUAUGGUUGAAGCAAAAUCAGUGAGCUUCAAUCCCCAGCAUGUGCACAUAUACAGUGCAAGCUGGGGUCCAGAUGAUGAUGGCAAGACUGUGGAUGGACCAGCACCACUCACCCGGCAAGCCUUCGAAAAUGGUGUUCGAAUGGUAGGUUUUUUUUUCAUUUUAAUUUUAUUGGAGUAUUGUUUAUUUACAAUGCUAUGUUAGUUCCAGGUGUCCAGCAAAGUGAUUCAACUAUACAUGUACAUAUAUUCAUUCUCUUUUAGAUGCUUUUCUCAUAUAA